AUGGCAUAUGAUAUUUAUGAAGAUGUUGACGACACAACUGUUCCUGCAAGUGAAGUAAAGUCAGAGAAACCGAAAAGUGACGAAAAACCGAUAGAAGAAGAAAAACCAAAAACUGAAGAUAAACCAAAACCAAAGUUUAGUUUGGAAACUAAACCAAGUCAACCUUCAUUAGCUGGUAUGGGUUGGCGUCAAAGACUUAUGGCAGCAGGCGGUUAUGUAAAGUAA